UCGGUUUCUCUUCCCCCGCCGCUCAGAGCCGGGCGGGAGGCGCAGCGAGGCGUAUGGCGCUGGUCGAGGUGUGCGGGGCCCCCCGGGGGGGCUUGGACUGGGCGCCCCCCGGAGCCGCCGCUGCGCCCUGGGGACCCGAUCACUACAGCUUCGGCCUGCGGGCGCCCGAGCUGGCCCUGCCCACGGGGGAGCAGCCGGCCCAGUUCCUGCAGACGUACUCCGAGGAGGGCCGGGACCGGGUGCGGAUCCAGCUGGCCCACGGCACCACGACCCUGGCCUUCAAAUUCCAGCACGGGGUCGUCGUGGCCACCGACUCCCGGGCAUCGGCUGGCAGCUACGUUGCCGACCUGGCCUACAACAAGGUGAUCGAGAUCAACCCCUACUUGCUGGGCACCAUGUCGGGCAGCGCGGCCGACUGCCAGUACUGGGAGCGCCUCCUCGCCAAGCAUUGCAGACUCUACGCCCUGCGGAACAAGGAGCGGAUCAGCGUCUCGGCCGCCUCCAAGCUGCUGUCGAACAUGAUGUGCGAGUACCGGGGCAUGGGGCUGUCCGUAGGCAGCAUGAUCUGCGGCUGGGACAAGAAGGGCCCCGGCCUGUACUACGUGGAUGAUAAAGGGGCGCGUCUCUCCGGCCCCAUGUUCUCCACGGGCAGCGGGAAGCCCUACGCCUACGGGGUGAUGGACAGCGGGUACCGGCCCGACCUGAGCGUGGAGGAGGCCUACGACCUGGGGCGCCGGGCCAUCUCCUACGCCACCCACCGCGAUGCCUACUCGGGGGGCUUCGUCAACAUGUAUCACAUGAAGGAGGACGGCUGGAUCCGGGUCGGACGGACGGACGUCAGUGACCUGCUGCACCAGUACGCGGAGGCCAAGCAGUGAGAUGGGAAUGGACCCAGAACCCCGCACUCAGGGACCAGCGAGACUCAGGGCCACAGGGAUGGGGAUCAGCGAAUUGAUAAUGAGUUUCUGUGUGUGACAAAUAAAAAGAGAAAUUGAAGGAA